AUGGAUUUCACGGCCAUUGUGUUUUGUGGUAAAGGGAAGGCUUUGGUGCCGUUUUCUGAAUUACGGUCGACGGGUGUACCCAAAGCUUUGUUGCCCGUUGCUAAUAAGUCUAUAUUAAGCUACGUUUUAGACUGGUGUCAGAUGGCCUUUUUUUCCAAAAUCAUAGUUGUCACAUCGGAGGAAUCCGCUGAAUUGGUACAGCUGGAAAUCGAUAUUUACCAGUCCAUUAUGCGAAAGAAGAGUUCGGGUUCUAGUGAUACUCACGAUAUAGCUGCUGCUGCUGGAGCUGGAGCUGGAGCUGGAGCUGGAGCUGCUUCAUCACCACCAUCAUCGUCAUCAGCACCAUCAAUUAUUCCCAUAGAGGUGAUGCCAUUUACCGCAGAGCACAAUGGGAAGAUAAUUUACAAUUUGUGUAAGAACACAUCGUUCCGAUCCAAAACUCGCAACUUUAUAUUACUUCCGUGCGAUUUUAUAACAAAUCUACCUCCCCAGGUUUUGUUAGAGGCUUUUAAAAAUAGAGAUUCGGGAGAAGUGGGUAUUACAGUUAGUUACAAGAACCAACUUGAUAUAGAGGACAAGAAACUGCAAAUAUUCCCCAAAAAUUAUACCGUAUACUCAAAUGGAAACUCUGGCGAUUUAUAUUUGUUAGAUCAUUAUCAAAAAGAAGAUAUCGAUAAAUCGAAAAUGCUACAAUUACGAACGCAAAUGUGCUGGAGAUACCCAAAUUCCAUCAUCAGUACCAAGUUAUUAAAUAGCGGUAUAUUUUUGGGAUCUAAUGAAAUCUUUGAUAUAAUUGAAAAGGAGGCCGAUAGGUUUACUGAGCUUUAUUUCCAAAAGCGAGAAGUUGGUAAAGUUAUUCGCGACUUGGCUAGGAGAUCAUGGAGACAUUCACAACAGAAAGAAACCAUUGGGAUUAUGAUAGUACCAUCUGAAGCGACAUUUUUUAGAGUCAAUAAUUUACCGGUUUGGAUGGAAGCUAAUCGACAUUUCAUGAAGCAACAAGCUGUGCAACGUAGUCAAGCUCAACACCCAAAGGAAAAAGGUGUAGCUCAAGUAGGGAAUGAUGCAUUGGUUGGUGAAAACACUCAAUUGGGCGAAAAGACAAGUGUCAAGAGAAGUGUUAUUGGGUCGGGGUGCACUAUUGGGAAAAAAGUCAGGGUAACAGGUUGUUUGAUUAUGGACAAUGUCGUUAUAGAGGAUGAUGUACAAUUAGACAAUUGCAUCAUUGGGCAUGAUGUGACGAUACGCUCGAAAUCCAAAUUAACAAACUGUAAUGUGGAGUCUACAAAUGAAAUCAUAGCCAAUACGGUAUCAAAAGGCGAUACGCUAUUAUGCUUGAGUUUAGAGAAUAUCGAAGAUGUUGUUGAGGAUAGUGGAGAGUUUGCUUUGAUGAGCGGGUCUUCAACUGAUGACGAUACAGAUGGCGAUAACGAAGAGCAUUCAAGUGGAGAGGAAAGCGAAUAUGAGGACGAGUUUACUAACAAUGACGAUGGAUUAUUUGCUUACUGA